AUGCUUAUCCCCGCAAGUCACUGCAGAGUUUUUGAUUGGCCUAAUUUCAAUAUUGUUGUGUCUCAGAUGACACGAGAACAAUAUAUACUAGCAACACAGCAGAACAACCUGCCAAGAGCUGAGAAUGCACAACUUUACCCAGUGGGGAUUUAUGGAUGGCGAAAGAGGUGCUUAUACUUCUUUGUCCUUCUGCUGUUGGUUACCAUGAUAGUUAACUUAGCCAUGACAAUAUGGAUAUUGAAAGUGAUGAAUUUCACUGUGGAUGGUAUGGGAAAUCUGAGAGUCACCAAGAAGGGAAUCCGACUUGAAGGUAUAUCUGAGUUUCUACUUCCAUUGUAUGUGAAAGAAAUUCAUUCCCGAAAGGAUAGUCCACUGGUCUUACAGUCUGACAGGAAUGUAACAGUGAAUGCAAGAAAUCACAUGGGGCAGUUAACUGGACAGCUGACAGUAGGAGCUGAUGCUGUGGAAGCUCAGUGUAAAAGAUUUGAAGUGAGAGCGAGUGAAGAUGGCAGGGUGCUGUUUUCUGCAGAUGAAGAUGAGAUUACCAUUGGGGCUGAAAAGCUGAAAGUCACAGGCACGGAAGGAGCAGUAUUCGGGCACUCUGUUGAAACACCUCACAUCAGAGCAGAACCUUCCCAAGACCUCAGGCUUGAAUCACCCACCAGGUCCUUGAUCAUGGAAGCUCCACGAGGGGUGCAGUUGAGCGCGGCUGCAGGAGACUUCAAGGCCACCUGCAGGAAGGAGCUGCAUUUGCAGUCUACAGAAGGGGAGAUAUUUCUGAAUGCAGAAAAAAUCCGGCUGGGGAAUCUCCCGACGGGCUCUUCCUCCUCCUCCUCCUCCUCCUCCUCGCCGAGCUCCUCAAAUUCCCGGCAGACCGUGUACGAACUGUGCGUCUGCCCCAAUGGCAAACUCUACCUUUCUCCAGCAGGAGUCAGCUCCACGUGUCAGUCCAGUAGCAACAUCUGCUUGUGGAGCUGAAGUGACUGAUUCCUCCUCACACCAGAAUAGCCUUUUGUUCCUGUCCGUCUGCUUCACAGCCCCGCUCGGUUUCCCUUGUGAUCAGUCCAGAGCUGCUUCAAAUGGUCCACAGAGCAACUUCUUCCAAUGCAAGCGGGGGUUUGGCCGCCACCUUCUCUCCUGAUUGUCCUGCUCGAGGCAGAGAGUGUGGGUGUCGGGGCAGUGGGAAAAUCGUCUUCAGCGGGAAAACUGGAUCAUAACUUUUGCUCAAAAGGGAGAAAAACAUAGGUGCCUUUGCUACGUGAAGUGAAGCACACAGUUUUAGAUUUUUGCGGGACCCGGAGAUGAACUGCAUAUACAUACAUUAAUUAUAUAGAUGAAAUUCCCAGUAUCCGAUGGCAAGAUGAGAUGGUUGACCCUGUCAGAAAACUAAUUCUACAGCCUGAAAGCACAAUUUUCCAAUCGUGGGUUUGGUUUUUUUUUUUUUUUGGAUGUAAACUUUUAUCCCCAAAUUUUAAAAUUUUUCAAGCAUUAGAUGAUGCUUGCUUUGCUAAAAAUUAAAUUCAAUACAUGAUUUUUAACAAAACGAAACAAAACAAGACAGAAUUCCACCCUGA